CUACUAGCAUUUAGUUCAGUAUUGGCUCUCGUGGUCAUUGGCCUCUGUGCCCACAUCCAGUCGCUUAUCUCUGGAUAUCAAAAUGUCCACUUGGCCUUUGCCGCCUUUGGGCUUGCAGCUGGCAGUCUCACUGUCUUGUCCCUUCCGCUGUUUUUGAUUGUAGGUCGUGUGCGCCGUGGAGCAUUCGUGUCCAUGAUCGCGUUCGAAAUCGUUUGGUUCUUCAUUCUCUGGGCGAUUUGGAUCGGUACAGCUAGUGAUGCCGUUGCGGGCAGGGCCCUUUACUUCCCCGAUGGAUGUAUUUAUCCUGAUUAUCCCACAUCCAACCAGAUUUGUUAUGAGAUAACUGUAGUGGAGGCUGUUGCAUUUAUUAUCUUCUUCUCUGUUUUCAUUUACUACGACACCAUCGUCUUGUAUGCGAUCAUCCAAGCUAUCCGUGGAAGAGGAAUCUGGACCUCUUCCAUCGCCGCGGCAAGCGAGGCCCCUGGGCCUCCUCCAACCUCAGCCUUGCCUAUGGCUCAGUACACU